AUGGCACAUGACGGUUUCGGGAUGCAUCGAAAUACUUCUGAAUUGUUUCGUAACCAAAGAUUUCUUUUUACUUCGGAAUCGGUAAGCGAAGGUCAUCCGGACAAAAUGUGCGAUAUGAUAUCGGACGCCGUUUUGGAUGCCCAUCUUGCGCAGGAUCCAAACGCAAAAGUUGCCUGCGAAACGGUAGCCAAAACGGACAUGUUGAUGCUGUGUGGGGAAAUUACAUCUAAUGCAAAUGUUGAUUAUUAUCAAAUCGUUAGGGAUACAGUGCAACAAAUAGGAUUCGACGAUUCCUGCAAGGGUUUUGAUUAUAAAACAUGUAAUGUGAUAAUUGCAUUAGAACAGCAAGCACCUGAAAUAGCAGCUGGUGUGCAUUUGAAUCGAAAAAUGGAAGAAAUUGGUGCUGGAGAUCAGGGACUAAUGUUCGGUUAUGCAACGGAUGAAACAGAGGAGCGCAUGCCACUAUCUUUGUUACUAGCCCAUAAAUUGCUAGCACGACUUCAUGAGCUGCGAAGAAAUGGUACUCUUGAAUGGGCUUUACCUGACUCCAAAUCGCAGGUAACAGUGGAGUACAAAUUUGCAUGUGGAGCAUGUAUACCAAUUCGAGUUCAUACAAUUGUCAUAUCUGCGCAGCACAAAGCUAACGCUUCGUUGGAAAAAAUUCGGACUGAUCUAAUCAAGCAUGUGAUAAAUGAAAUAGUCCCACAACAUUUCAUGGAUACGGCUACAAAGUUCUAUUUAAAUCCAUGUGGUAACUUUACAAUUGGUGGACCUCGAAGCGAUGCUGGCCUAACUGGUCGUAAAAUAAUUGUGGACACGUACGGUGGUUGGGGCGCUCAUGGUGGUGGUGCGUUUUCUGGUAAAGAUCCAACAAAGGUGGACCGUUCGGCAGCUUAUGGUGCCCGAUGGGUUGCCAAAUCACUUGUGGAUGCUGGUAUUUGCAGGCGUUGCUUGAUUCAGGUGUCGUAUGCGAUUGGUAUCGCAGAGCCACUCUCGAUAACAGUUGUCGACUAUGGAACAAGCAAUUUGACGGAAGAUGAAUUGCUAACAAUUGUGAAUGACAAUUUUGAUCUUCGACCGGGCAUCAUCAUUCGUGAGCUGGAUUUAUUAAAACCUAUCUACAAGGAAACAGCACGCAAUGGACAUUUUGGGAAAUCACUAUUUGCUUGGGAAAAAUCAAAGAAGCUGACAAUUCGACCGGAAUUUAUGGAAAAAUUACGAAGUUCGGAAUUAUCGAACGGAGAUGUGACACGCAAUGGUUUUAAUGUUGCUUAA